AUGUUGGAAGGCUCGUUCCGUCCGGCAUCUUCAGCCGCCGGCCAUCAUCCUCAGUAUCCUAUCCCCAAGUCUGGCUACACCGAGCAGGCUUCCCCUGUGGUCAGCAUGCGCAAGGAUCCCCCCGGUCCAUCAUUCACGCCUGUGCAUGAUCGGCCGGUUUCGUCCCACUCGCCGGACUAUGAGUCUGAAGAUCAUCAGCAGUCCGGCUCCCCACCCGGCGCUUCCCAUUUCUUUCAAUCCCACCACUCCAUGGCCACCAACCCACAAUCUAAUCAGCAGAGCUCCGCCCACCAAUCCGCUUCUGAAGUACCUCAGCCUCCUUCGAUAACCAAGUUGGAUGGCAGGCCUUCGCAGGAAUCCAUUCCGAAAAUCUCCAGUAUAGGUCCCGUGCGGGCCAAGAAGAAACCGGCCGGCUCGGCUUGUAAUAGCUGUCAUCGUCUCAAGACGCGUUGCUCCGGGGGUCAUCCGUGUGAUCGUUGUGCGGCUCAUAAGGUUGCCUGCCAAUUCGACCGGGACCUGAUUUACCGGUCACCCCUUGCCUCUAGCUCCCAGCAGGCCUCCGCACGUCAUCCCCAUGGCGCUAUCAAGGGUGAACCCUUGCCGGGCGGCAAGCCCCGGUCCCGCUCUGGUCCCAAGGCCGGCCGCAAAUUCCCACCGGCUUCAGGCCCAAGCGGACUAACGCAAUCCGCAUCCACCACUCCUAUCCUGUCUAUGUCUUUACCCCAGGUGACUCACCUUUCAGCCCCCUCACUGCCAACGCUCUCUGCUCCCAUCCCACCCCAGGGCAGUUCUUUCUCGGCAAUGUCUUCCAAGCAAGGGAACAAGUUAACUCCGAUCUCUACUCCCCAACCGCACGAGUCAUAUGUCAACUAUGAACAUAACUUGCCCCACCCCAACGGUUUACAUGUCCGCUUAGCUGCACUCGAGAAUAGUGUCUCUGGGCUGCUUCAAGUUCUUCGAGCCCAGCAGUCUUCCAACGCAAACUUUCCCCCGCCUGCUUCCGAGCCUCGACCUCCUCUGUCGCCACCUACCCCUCCGACUCUGGUGGUAUCGGGUUCUUCGACUUUUGGCCCCGAGAAAGAUCAACCGAAUGACCCCAACAGAUUGGGUUGUCCUAACCCUACUCCCGGUCUAGGGGAUCCUCUGUCAGAGGGCAUCCUAUCUGCUACGCAAUUGCAAUAUCUGUAUGAUGUUUUUGUAGAGUUUUGUCUACCCAGCUUACCGAUCCUUCAUUCAGUUCAAAUUGCCUCGAUCCGAGCCCGAUCAUCGUUUUUAUUCACCGUCAUGGUGGCUAUUGGGGCUCGUUUCUGCUCUUCCCAAUCGGUUGCCCGCAUUCCCCCUCAAAACUGCCUGAUGUCAAGCUCGACAGGCGCCCGAGUCGAUCUGUCGCAGAUAACGAUCGACGAAACAACAUAUGCUCGCUUGGUUGCUCUCGCCCACCAACACCUGUCCAUUACCCUCCUCAGAUCUAUGAACAGCUUGGAGGACGUGAGAGCUAUACUCUUCCUAGCCUGUUGGGCACUGGUAUCCAAUGAGGAUCCCAGCGGGGCUCCGAAUCGAUGGGUGCUUAUUGGUCAUGCAGGACGCAUCGGCCGCACAAUUGGAUUGCACCGCUUGGAAUCCGAAUUACGGACGACUAGCAACCUUUGGAAUAACCCCGAGCUCCAUGAACAUCGUCGCAAUCAGCUGGAUGCAGUCAAGGCUAAUCACGCACUACAAGCUGUUGAGACCAUCCUGAGCUCCAACCUUCGAUUGGAGCCCAGUCGUGAUUUUUUCCCCCCUCUGCAGGCGGCCACCGAACACGAACCUAAUUUCACGAUCGUCAAGCUUUCCAAAGGCUCCCCUUUCCAGUACGACGUUGUUAGCGCUGCUCAGAUUGAGUCGCUUGCCGAGCUAGCUGAAAUCUGGGCUGCAGCCAACUGCUUCUUGUCUGUAGCCGAUGACCGAAGUCGCACUUUGACCAGUGAACAACUCAUUGAACUAGGAGAACAUCACAACAAAGUGAUGGAUGCAUGGGCGAAGAAAUGGACGUGGCAUGGUUCUUCUUGGGCUCCGUUGCUUGGUGCCAAUUUAAGGACCGUCCGACUCCUGUCCGAAUCACUGCGAAUCACCCUUAAUCUCGCUUUUACCAAUGUUCUAUAUGCCAUAGCUGCUGGCACUAGAAUUACUCCAAAAUUUCACGACACAUUGGCCAUGGCAAUCGAAAGGGUAAAUGGCUCGAGUACAGCAGUUAUCCAAGCACAUCGAGACUCGGUCCGAGAAGGUUUCAGCUUGGCCUUUGCACCCGAUUUGGUAACCGACGGUCUAGUUUCUGCUGCCAUUACCGUAUUGCAACUUGCGUCUCCAAUCGGACUGCCUACAAUGCUCGUGUCAAAAAUGAACGCCCAGGAUAGCAAAAAGCGAAUCUUAAAUCCAUAUGGACCAUCCUCGAACCUUGAAGCACUUCCCCGUGACGAGCGACUUCCGACGCCUCAUUCUGGGGAAGACAGAGCGGAUGUUGACAUGACCGGAGCCAAUGCUUCUAGCGCUAGCGGCCCUCAUCCUCAUAUUCCCAAAGGACCAGCGUAUGAAUCAAGAACCUCGAGUCCGGGUAGCACACCGCGCAGGCUUUCUAAAGCAAGUUCGCCUCACACCACUACCUUCUUGCCGGAUGCAUUCGCAGGAGGCACUCAACUCUUCGGCAAGAAAUGCUUUAUGGAGCCCCCCGUCGCGGCCCACUACAUCAGAAUGGCGACGGAUGUUCUUCAAUCGAGCGACAGAUCUCAGACACGAUUGGGCACUACCAUGGCGAGUAAAAUUAUGAAACUCGCCACUCAAGCUGGUUUGAUGGGUCCCCCUAGCACGACAAACUUAGUGGGGCCGACUUCAACUACAAGUUACUCACCCAAUGGCGGCAUGUUGACUCUUGAUGAACGCCCAUCGAUUUCCUCGACGUCCUCACUUUCUUCCACAAGGCCCGCGCCUAUUUCCAGUGCCGAGCACCCAGAGGGCAACCAUCAGCAUAAACUUCACCAGGACGGUGUGAAUGGCUCCGACAACAGAGCAACAGACAUUUCCAAUCCCGAAUCCCCGACGAGGCAAGCCGAAGACGAUGAUGACUACAGCAGUGAAAACAUCCAAAUAGCAUCCCAACAAAGGGUUGCUCACAUCGCCCAGCCAGGGUCCGAAAUUCCCGAUGCGCAACAGGAUGUGCACGAGGAUGAGUUGCCGGAGGGAAACGAGCUUGGGGAUGACAGUUGCGAAGGAAAUGGGGACGUGGACGAGGAAGACCAGAUGACUGGUGACUCUCACUCUUUCAUUCAUCAUGAACAUGAACCCAUCGAGAGAGAUGCGCACGACAUGAUGGAAGAAGAUCAGUAG